GAAAACCUCCGGAAGAUCCAAUGUUGUUGUUGCUGGCAGAGCGGAAGUCCUCCAACGCGUUAUCUCGCUGGAUGACACUUUAAACUGUGUGUAUGCAAUGACAGCCGUACACACAGGAUCUACCCGUGCACACGUACUCUAACAUAAAACUAGACUUCCAACUCUGCUGCAUACAGCUGACGUAUAGCUGCAAUAGUCUCAACGCGCUCCUACAAUGGUGGUCACAUAUCGAGAUCCUGAUCUUCCUCUGUCGUCUCUUCGCCUCCUGGUUCCUCCUCUGAGGUUGAUGUCAGCCUGUAUGUGGCAGGUGGCCCAGAAGAGAAACGUAGACCAGUAUAACAAACUGGCCGAAUUCAUCACAUUAGUGUCGGAGAUGGUCCCAGAGCUUAUGAGCUACAAACAGAGGACUCAGCUCAUCCUGGGACUGAGAGCUCGGCUCAUCCUUGAAUUGUUAAAGGGGAUGGAUAAAGUUGACUGUAAAGCUAUCCAGGAUCUUCUUAACAUUUUCCAACAGAGGGCAACAAGCCACAUGUAUGAAGAGGACCAAGAUUCAGAGGUGGAGAUUUCAAAGUCAGCAUUUGUGGAGCUGGUUGAGACAUUGCUGAGAGACCAAUCAGAAAAAGACAACUUUUUCAAGCGAUGCCAGCGAGGACUCCGUAAGCGCCAAUAAAAACACCUGCCUGGAGUGUGGCAAGACUUUAGCAUGUCGUUCCGCUUUGAUAAGACAUCAACUCGUUCACUCUUCAGUACGGCCGUUCAAGUGCACCCAGUGUAACAAGUUCUAUAAAACUGAGAAAACCCUGAACCGACAUGUCCUGAUCCAUUCCAAACCUAUAGUCCUGUCCUUUGCUUGCAGCCUUUGUGAGAAGACAUUUAGUUCUCGGACUUUGCUCACAGUUCAUCUGCGGCGUCACAGUGGAGAGAGGCCGUUUGCCUGCUCGUACUGUGAUAAGAGGUUCCUGACAAAUUCUGUUCUGAAGUCCCACAUGCGCAUUCAUACCGGCGAGCGCCCGUACGCCUGUACUUUUUGCGACAAGACAUUCACACAAGUGUAUCCUCGCACUGUGCACCUCAGGAUGCACACGAAAGAGAAACCAUACUUGUGCAGCACAUGUGGUAUGUCCUUCUGUAGCUCUGGGGCCUUGCUGGUGCAUUCACGCACUCACACAAAGGAGAGGCCUUAUCAGUGCGAUUCCUGUGAAAAAAGUUUUCCUACGGCUAUACAACGGACAAUCCAUCGGAGAUGCCACACAGGAGAGAGGCCGUAUUCUUGCUCACAGUGUGAAAAAUCAUUCCACAGUAGCUCGGGACUGACGAAACACACAAGGACACACACGGGAGAGAAACCUUACAAGUGUGUAACAUGUCACAAGACGUUUUCCCAAAAAUCCAACAUGAGAAUACAUCUAAAAGUUCACAAGAACAUCUAGCAUACUGUUUUUGGAGACUGGUUGUUGGCAUGUGUGUGUAUCUUAAAUGAUAAAUGAAAGCCUUGUUCAUUUCUAUGUCAGGACAAGCUGUUUUGGUACAUCUUGAUAUCAGUAAAUCACUAACAUGUAUGUAUGUAAAUAUAAAUUAAAAUAUCACACAUUGGAGUGUAUGUAAAUGUAGAUUGCGUUUUAAAAGACAAUAAUGUUUAACACUUGCUUAGGUUUGUGUUAUGUUGUUGAGAGAAAGUACUGUAAGUCAAU